AGCACAUUCGCCACUGGAGGGAUCAAAUCUGUGCCAUCUGACGCUCAAGGAUUUAUGGGUUUAGUCAAAAUUGCUUUUUCCCACUGUGGAGAUUAAGCAACGUGGGGAUGUUGUUUAGCCAGACUCCAGCUACUAGCUACCGUCACUGCUACUUCUGCGUCUUAUGCUGUUGAUGUGUGCGGUGUCUUCUUGUCCGUCAGCCCUGAAGUUGAAGAAGAGAAUGUCCCAGGACUGCAAAGCAUUUUCAGCCAUGCCAGGAAGUGGGUUUUGACUAUCAGGAAGAGGUCUGUCUGUGUGGGAAUGAGCACCAUGCAGGUGGAUGCUGUCCUUGUGCUGAUCUGUGUCUAUCUGGGAGGGGUGACCGGGAAGGCUGCCCAGCAGAGGGGUCACAAGCUGGAGACCUACAAACAGAGCAGGUCAAGGAGAGAAACAUCCAGAAUGGAGGGAGGAGGAGGUCACAAGACAGGAAGCCCUAUUCUGAAGAGAAGUUCAGACAUGACUAAAUCUCCAAUGACAAAGUCGGAGCAGCUGCUGAGGAUAGACGACCAUGACUUCACCAUGAGACCAGCAUUUGGAGGUCCCCCUAUUCCAGUCGGAGUAGAUGUCCAGGUGGAAAGUCUUGACACAAUCUCAGAAGUGGACAUGGACUUCACCAUGACGCUGUACCUGCGCCACUACUGGAAGGACGAGCGCCUCUCCUUCCCCAGCACCAACAAUCAGAGCAUGACCUUCGACAGCCGGCUGGCCAAGAAGAUCUGGGUGCCAGACAUGUUCUUUGUCCACUCCAAGAGGUCCUUCAUUCACGACACCACCACAGAAAAUGUCAUGCUGAGGGUCCAUCCCGACGGAAACGUGCUGUACAGUUUGAGAAUCACAGUCACAAGCAUGUGCAACAUGGACCUGAGUCGUUUCCCACUAGACACUCAGACGUGUUCCCUGGAGAUAGAGAGCUAUGCAUACACGGAUGACGAUCUGAUGCUGUACUGGAAGAAAGGGAACGAGUCAUUAAACACAGACGAAAAGAUCUCUCUCUCCCAGUUCCUCAUCCAGAAAUUUCACACCACCACCAAGCUGGCUUUCUACAGCAGCACAGGCUGGUACAACCGUCUGUACAUUCACUUCACCCUGCGGCGCCACAUCUUCUUCUUCCUGCUCCAGACCUACUUUCCCGCCACCCUCAUGGUCAUGCUGUCCUGGGUGUCCUUCUGGAUCGACCGCAGGGCUGUGCCCGCCAGGGUCCCUCUGGGGAUCACCACCGUGCUGACCAUGUCCACCAUCAUCACCGGGGUGAAUGCCUCUAUGCCCAGGGUGUCCUACAUUAAGGCGGUGGACAUCUACCUGUGGGUCAGUUUUGUCUUCGUCUUCCUCUCCGUCAUAGAGUACGCAGCCGUCAAUUACCUCUCAACUGUACAGGAGAGGAAAGAGAGGAAACUAAGGGAGAGGUUGCCAUGUACCUGCGGCAUUGGCAACCCUGACGAUAUGAUGACAGACCCCCAGAUCACAGGCUACACCACCAUGGAGGUCAACGCCACAAGGAAUUAUGGGAUGCCGGAGAACGGCAGCCGCCAGGAGCGGAUGCUGGCCCAGGUGGCGCUGGGGGACCCUCAGAUCACGGGUCAGGUGAGGAGCUCCAGAGGAUACGUCAACAUCUGGAUUGACACCCAUGCCAUAGACAAGUACUCAAGGGUCAUCUUCCCAGGGGCCUACGCUCUCUUCAACAUUGUCUACUGGUCCAUAUACUGCUAACCCUGGGCCUCGUGUUCGUCUGGCCCCUGUGUGACUCACCCAAGGCAGACUCGGGAGAACAGGGACCAUGUCAAAGACUCUGGAGCCCAGGCGACUACACUACCUUGACAAAGGUCCACAAGGAGAGAAGGACCACAUGCUUGUUUUGGUUUCCUUUUGAAUUUGAGAGAGACUGAAAAACUGUUUAUAAAUGCAAGGUGAACUUUGCCUUCUAGACCCAGCCUCUUAAACUAAUUAAAUCAGUUCUUAAUUUA